UAGACCGCUGAAACAAGAUUAAACUACAACACAUUAAGUGAUUAGUUACCAGGAAUUAGCAGCAACAUUUUUAUCUAUAGCACUGUCUGUGAAAAGUCUGCAUAUUCUAAUUCAAUGGAUGAAAUAUAAACAAAAGGCCAAAGGUUCUUCAACAGAAAGGUGGACAAGUGAUAAUAUUUAUAAUGCCUCUGAAAGAGCUGAAUAUCAAACAACUGAUGGUGCGUACGGUAUCUUUUUGACCCCUGCAUCAGAACUAUUUGGAAGGUCUGCACCUUGAAUGAAUAAUGGAUGUGAUAACUGACAACAUCUCUAGCAUACAGCUGGCACUGGGUGUGAAAGCCCUGUUGAACUUGACUGUCAUUGGUUUGAAUUGGCAGUACAUGCACAAGAGCUUCAUGGGAUACUUCUGCAUUUCUUUGGCAUUCCUCGACCUCAUCCAAAUUGUCAACUUUUCCAUCAUUUACUGGUUCACAGACUUUGCCAUCUUGGGUUUCCAUAUUACCAUCUAUCACAUCUACUUCCUUCUGCAAAUCUCCAUGCUCUCAUAUAGCAUCCUGCAUUGGCCCGUUUUUAUAAUCGCCGGGCUGGACUACUACUGGACUUUCCCUUUCUCCCAGCCUUUAAGCCUGACCCGAAAGGCUGUGUAUGCGGCGUCCCUUGCUGUUGUGUGGAUUUCAGCCGUAAUGUAUGUGUUUUUUGUUUCUGAUUUCAAUUCUGAAGACAGUUUUCUCCUCAAGUCCCAGUGCACCUCUCUCUCCUUGGUGGUCCUGGCAGUUAUUACAUGUGUUGUUAUUUACUGCCGGUCCGGAUUUCUGAGUUUGUUCAAGUCCUUCAGGGGCAAGUCCUACACAGAGGGGUCUGUCUCGGUUUUCUUCUACAACCUGGACUUGGAUGAGGGAUACUUCAAGAAGCCGACAUUGACUUGCAUUGCUGUGUGCUUUAUUGGUACCUGGUUCCCAUUUGUUUGUUUGCAGUCAAUCAUUAUGGUGUUCAGGAUAGAUGUCGUCUCCUACCUGGAGUUGAAUGUUCCUUGGCUUUGCUUUCUCAAUAGUUUCCUCAUAGGAGCAGUCUACUGGCACUUGAACCAGGACAUUUCUGGUUUGAAGCACUGUGAAAUUCCGGAUGGUUUCUGCAACUGGGUUUUUUCGCCCAGUCCUGAUUGUAUAAAGAAGGCAUUACCAGACACAGCAUCGGCUAGAAUAGCACUAAUUAUCAUUCCCUAGUGCUAUACUAGAAUAGCCAGAGAUCAGGUCACUAGACCCAGGCAGCAAUGGUUAGAAUCCUGCUCACAAGAGGCUGGCAAUGGAAAAUUGGAUGGGAAUGAUGCGCUUAGUCACGUAAAAGGGCAAUUGACUUGACACUGGAAACAGUGGUCUGAUCUUCAGUUCUAAUUGAUAUGUGGGUUGCAAAUUAGUGAGGUGACAUUCGAAUUGGACGUUCUUCCCAGGGUGUCUUCCUCUUUUUUUGUUAAAAUUACCUUUGAUUGUUUAAAUGAAAUGUAACAUCGACAUAAAGGUGGGUUUAUGUGCCUUAUACCCCAUUCACACUAGCAACAUUGUUUUAAAUAUACUAAUAUAAUCAGUUGACAAAGUCAGACAACCCACAGUGUAAUGUUGUUUUUACAUCCCCUACACUCAAGUCACUAAAAGUUAAUGUAAUCAGUAACCAAAAAAAAAAUCCAAAACAGCCUCAUAAUGUAGGCUGUUAAUGCGGCAUUUUACGAGUUGAAAACAAACAUGUAGAUUUUAACUUCGCUAAGAUACCUAUAUUCCAAAACCCUUUGAAAGAUAAUAACAGUCCUUUAAACCCCUGCCCCUUUAAAACCUUUAGCAUUCUUUUUUUUUUUUUAAAUAACUCAUUGCUACAGUAAUUUGUAAAAAAAAAAAAUAAAUAAAAAUAACAACAGAAACAUUUUAUGUUAUUAGUAAGGGAGCUCCUGUUACACACUUGAUUAUACUUAAUUUAAACACAAAAUAAAUCCAAAAUUUUUGUAAGCGGGACAGUGACUAUUUGCCUAAUAUUGUACUACUGGCCUGGAUUCCCUCUGGGUAGCCCUGGUUCUGGGGAUAGUUGUCCUGGGAUUUGAGCAUGUUUUCCAGAAACACCAUUUUAUCUAGUUAUGGUUCAAAUGCUUUUCCUAUUGCAACUAGAUAAACACAGUUUAUGCUUUCUACACGUUUUCAUGUAUAUUUAUGCACAUAGUUUUUAUGUUUAUAAAAAAAAAAAAAAAAAAAAAGUUUGUUUUUUCAAUUAUACUAGUCAUACCAUGCCUUUAACAUUUUUUAUUUUUCAUAGUGAAUUAAAUGUAUCUGAAAUGUUCUGUGUCUUCAUUAUUGUUGUGUUUGUGUGUGUGUGUGUAUGUUUACACCACUGUCCUGUUAUAGCAUAGAUCUGUUUAGAAAAAAAGAAACACUUCAGUUCGUUGUUAUGAUAUUUAAUUUCCAAAUGUGACCCCACUUGUAUAGAACAGGACCAAGAAGCCAAUUCUUUUGGGCUAAUGACUAAAAUGUGGUAUUGGAGAAAUGUCAAAUAGCCUUCUCAAAUGCAACAAAAGGAUUGUAUCUGAAAUUCAGCCAUCCUUGCCUUGUAUUUCACAAUAGGAAAACAGAAAUAUUUCCUGUGUUUUCAUGGAUACAUGUUUUCCUCACCUUCUCUUCUUGCCUAGAAAUUGUGAAUCUUAACUCCGAAGCCAAUAGUACAACCCCAGAUUUACCAGUGUUGCUUUAGAAUAGCCUACCAGUGUAUUUUCUAGGUGCAAGUUGAUGUUAAAAAAAGUCAAAUUCAAAACAAGAUAUUCAUAAACAGGGUUAGAAACUUGUGCUGGGUUGCAGAACUACCCUCAAGAAAGUAGACUGAACAAUCAGGUCCCUGUUAUAUGAAUUGCGGAGAUGCAUGAACAGAUACAACAAUGGCUAAUUUUCCCCAUACGCACAUUGUAUUACAUGCACAUACACGUGUUAUAUAACAUAAAAUGACAAUCUCGUUGGUGGCUGACAUUCCAAAUCCACAUGGGUAAAAUAAUAAUACAGCCAGUGGUUUGAAGCACAAGUUCUUCCUCAUGAUUUGCAUUGGUAUAAACCAACCCUUCUUGCAUGUUAUUGGUUACUUUUAUAAAUGUUUAUUUAAAUAAAGGCUAAUCACAGGAGCAAUCCUGUUUGAAACUGGAAUUUAGAUGGUUUUAGUUUGGCCUAUGUGUACAUGAUCGAACAGGCAUGUAUCAAUUCCUGAAAUAAUGAGGGCCCAUCCAUCUUCCACAGGACCAUUAUCCAAAUCAGGAAACGUUCUGUCAUGGCGGUUUACAUUCCUAAAAGCCUCUUAACAGUAACAGAAGCAAAAUAUGGCAAUAGAAAAAUGCUUUUAUGAAACUGAAAGAAAACUCCCACAAACAAUGAGCUUGAGACUACAGAACUUUACUUGAAUUUGAUCCAAGUUCAUUGUCUAUACAGGGUAUUUACAAGAGUGAAAAAUGAGAACACAAACACAAAAUACAAUUGAGGUAUAAGCUGAAAGCAUGAUAUAUUCUAUUAAAUAUCAUUGGUUAAGAUGGUUAGAGAGACAUUGUGUCGUUUGCUUAAAAUUUUUUAUUUUUUUUUUAAUCACAACAUGAGGUAGAGGACAGUGUCUUGUUUCAUGCAAUGCCAGAACAUUUGUUUUAUCACACUGUAUAUUAUUGGCAACAUUAGUAAGGUUGUAUGCAAUAAUUAUAUAUAGAUACUAUUUCGUAUUUGAGUAUUAACAGCAAAAUAAUAAAAAAAACACAUUUAC